AUGGGCAUCGGGUGUCCAUAUCCUACACCGAUUCUUCCACGACCCCGAGGUGAGAAAGACCGCCGUGGGAAAAAGUUCGGGCUCCGGGCCAAGGGCAAAUUCCAAGAUAUCGUCUUUACUCGCAACUUUUCCACGUUCGACCCUCAAAAUGAGGCGGCGGCCAACAGUCCAUUUUACGGCUUCUAUACUCUGUUUUGGCUAGCCGUCUCCCUGUUUAUGCUCAAGACCGCGGCGAACAAUUGGAGAACGUAUGGAAACCCUUUAGGGACAAAUGAGAUUAUGAGAAACAUGUUCAAUGGCGAUGUUUUGGGUCUCUUAGUUUUCGAUGGUGCCAUGUGCUCUCUCGCCUAUGUGACUUGGUUGUUGCAGAAACUCAUAAUCCUCGACUAUCUGGAUUGGGAUAGCACUGGCUGGAUUCUUCAAAACGUGUGGCAAACCGCAUUUAUCGGAGGCGUCGUCGGGUUGACGAUUACAAAGGACUGGCCCUGGUCGCAUAACGUAUUCUUCGUCCUUCACGGCCUAGUUCUCCUCAUGAAGCAACAUUCCUACGCUUUUUACAACGGCCACCUGUCUACCGUGUUCAAGCAGCGAGAAGUUCUCCGAGCGACGUUAGCAAAACUCGAAGGCUAUGCAGUUGAUAGCAAAUCCUGGACGGGCGGCCACUCCACGUCUUUCUCAACGUCAUCCGGCCCGCAGGGUGGCAGCCCCGUGGCUCGAAUCGCGAACGCCCAUCGGGGAUUCGUUUCCGAUACCUCGCUCGCGGAAGACGUCCCAGUAGAGGACAUCAUAUCGGACGUCAAUUCUUCUACGCCGCUUGGACCGGCCAAGGUUGCCACGUACAAGAUCGCCUUGCAAGACGAGUUCGACCAGUUAACCAAAGAGAUUGUCAGGAAUACCACAGCCCCGGAGAGGGCUUAUCCAAACAACCUUACUCUGUUCAACAUGUUUGAGUACCUACUUUUCCCCAUCAUCGUUUACGAGCUUGAAUAUCCGCGCUCCGAUACUAUACGGUGGAAUUACGUCUUUGAGAAACUAGCAGCUCUCGUCGGGGUCCUCUUUGUCAUGAAUAUGUUGUCCCAGACGUUCAUCUUUCCGGUAGUAGUCAAAGCAAUCGCGAUGAAGGAGGCCGGAAUGCCCCUCGGCCAACGCCUCCAGGAAUUCCCUUGGAUGCUAAGCGACUUGAUAUUUCCUUUUAUGAUGGAAUACCUUCUCACCUGGUACCUCAUCUGGGAAACUAUCCUGAACACGCUCGCAGAGUUGACGCGGUUCGCCGAUCGAAACUUUUACGACGCCUGGUGGAACUGCGUACGUGUGGACGACCCUACAUUCAAGAGACUGCUUGAUCUGCCCGGCUAA